AGCAUGAACAUGGACUGCGAGAGGUGCCAGUGCCACAGCGAGGACAACCGCACCGCCAUCCUUUACACCCUCCUCAGCCAGAACCUGAAUCACAGCCGGGUCAGCUGCGGUCCGGCCCACCAGCGCUGUCUGUGCCACCAGCGCCGGACCGUCUGCCUUCGCACGCCCCACAUCACCUGCCAGGCAGCUUCCAACGUGCUGGUGAAAACCAUCAGCUUCUUAAAAAACUUGCCUUCCUUCCAACUACUGCCCCGAGAGGACCAGCUCUUGCUGCUGGACAGCUGCUGGGUCCCCCUCUUCCUGCUGGGGCUGGUCCAGGAGAUGGUGACAUUUGAGGUGAUGGAGACCCCGGCCCCCAGCAUGCUCAAGAAGAUCCUUCUCGACGGCCAAAGCAAACAGCAGGAGCCCGAGCGGAUGCAACCCACGCUGGCCGCGGUGCAGCGGCUGCAGUGCUGCCUGAACACCUUUUGGAGCCUGGAUCUAAGCCCAAAGGAGUAUGCUUACCUGAAGGGUGCUAUUCUCUUUAAUCCUGAUGUCCCAGGGCUGAGGGCCUCCCUGUACAUCGAGAGCCUCCAGCGGGAAGCACAGAGAGCGCUGCAAGAAGUCCUGCGGCCCCUGCACCCUGAGGACCAGGGCCGCUUUGCCCGCAUCUUGCUGAUUGCUUCCACCUUGAAAUCUAUCCCUCCCACACUCAUCACAGACCUCUUCUUCAGGCCAGUCAUCGGCAACACAGAUAUUGUCGAGCUCAUCACAGAAAUGCUGUAUGAAAUAACCAGCAGGCAGUUGGCUCCUUCAUCACGCAUGGCGCUUUGA